AUGGCUGACAAAGCGAGAAUGGAAUCCAUGCUUUUCAGUUACGAGACCACUAACAGGACUGACUACAGACCUUAUGAACUUCGAGCGUCAGAAGUCACCAGAUACGUGGAGAAACCUAAGAAAAAGCGACCGCCUUACGUGAAGAGCGUUAAGGGCAUUCAGACGAUGACGCCGUGGCAGUGCGAUGUGCCCUUCUACCUUCUACACAAGCCUAAAGAAAUAAUACGCACGAAUCCCUAUGAAAUUCAGCGGCGUUUUGAAAAGCCUAAGGACACUGAUCGCGAGGUCGUCCAGAAGAGUCGCCCCCGCCUCGUGAUGACUCCGUCAGUGAGUAUGGACGACAUCGAAGACCCUGAAGCUCGUCAGAUCCUGUGCGAUGACAUGUAUACCAGCACAGCGACCGCCGGCAUGAGGGAGGCGGUGAAACCGUAUUACAAGGUAGAAGCGCCGUUCCCAGGCUUGCCCGCCAAAGCUAAUCCGGUGGUUCUGCCGAAGUACAGCCCGCCAGUGGUGCCUCCGGAGUGGCGCAUGGAUUCCGUGUCCUGGGACAGCAGACAACUGCGCUGCUUCUGCGACCCCACCAAGGAGUUUUGGCUGUCCUACCCAUUGUUCAAAUGCAGGGCUUGCGAAGAAUCUGCCAUUGUCGAGGCACACAGGAAGGCUAAGAGACUGGCAAAACAUUGACAUGAUGUUCUUGAGAUUUCUUGAUUGAGAGAAAAGCAAGAGACAUACAAUCAUUGAAAAAAAAAACAUAAUUGUACCCUACCUAUUCAUUAAUUAAUUGC